GUUGGCAUCACACUCUCAGAGACCUCGUAAGAGUUUAUAUCUCCACUACAUAACCACCUAACUACCAAACUACAAUGGCUGACGCUGCUGCAUCCCCUGCUCCCGCCAAGAAGGCUGCGAAAGCAAAGAAGCCCGCUGCCAAGCCCGCUCAUCCCGCUUAUGCUGUGAUGAUCGGCAACGCCCUGAAGGUCCUCAAGGAACGCACUGGUUCAUCUCGUCAGGCCAUCCUCAAGUAUAUUAUCGCAAACUAUCAGGUUGGUGAUGAGAAGAAGGCUGGUGUACGUCUGAAGUAUGCUUUGAAGAAAGGCGUCUCCAACGGUGCCCUGAAGCAGGUCAAGGGAGCUGGUGCAUCUGGAUCUUUCAAACUCGCCAAAGAUGAAGUGAAGCCUAUUGCCAAGAAGCCUGUUGCCAAGAAGCCCGCUGCCAAGAAGCCUGCAGCUAAGAAGGUCGUGAAGAAGCCCGCAGCCAAGAAAGCCGCCAAGAAGCCCGCAGCCAAGAAAGCCCCCGCAAAGAAGCCCGCAGCCAAGAAAGCCCCCGCAAAGAAGCCCGCAGCCAAGAAAGCCGCCGCUAAGAAGCCCGCUGCCAGGAAGCCUGCGCCGAAGAAGGCCGCAAAGAAGCCUACCAAGAAGUAAACCGACCAGCGUACAAACCCGUAGAUGUAAGGGCAUCUCUAGGUGCGACAAUAUAUACUUCUGUAAGAAGUGUUAAUUUUAAGUAAAUUUUUAUAUUGUACCUGAUGUUCUCGUAUACAAGAUAUCUCCUGUGUGUAAAUAGAUAAUUAUAUAGAUUUUUAACA